GUUUAAUAGCGUAGCAUUCCAAAUAUUUGACAAUACUUUGAACCAUUAUUUUUAUUAUUAUAAAAAACGAAAAUAAACUGCAAUCGUCACCAAAUUGAAAUAACGAUGGACUACAUAUGCAAAGAGUGCAACAAGAGGUUUGCGAUGGAAAGAAACUACAAUAAACACAUGUUGAAUUUCCACAAAAUAACGCCAGACUCUUUGUCAUAUGAUGAUAAAAUUGGCAUUCGCAAAUGCUGCGAAUGCAGCAGUUCGCACAAACUAAUACAAGAUUUGAUUUACCACUUAGAGAGCGUUCACAAUGUUUUAAUCGAAGAGGAGAAUCUGACCUUUAAAAAUGAGGCUGAUUUUGGCAAAUGGAAGCGUAAAGUGGAGCAGGAAGACUCUUGUAAGUACGUCCCGUUCGAAGAGGACGUGAAACAUGAAAUUGGAGUUUCGAACUACGCUUGCAAUAAGAAAGUAUCUCAAUAUAACUGUUCCUGCAUCAGCAACAUUAAAGUGGUAACAGGCCGAAGGGGCAAUCUUUCUGCUGUGAGAGUCAAAACACAUUACGGGCAUGAGAUUAAAAGUAAACCCGGAAGGAAACCUAAAAUAGUUUCUACCUUGAAAAAUAAAGUACCUGAAAUUUAUGAUAUUAAAUGCGAGGAGGAGAAAAUGGACGAGGAGCCGUUCGAAAACGAAAACAACACAAUUAACACCCACUUUAACUUGAAAAACAGCAUUAAAGCGAAGCUUAACAUCGUUUCGCUGAACAUAGACACGUUGAACAAUCAAAAACUGGUCAAAUUGAACUCUAGCCUGGACUCGAUGUGCAGUGAUUUAGGGUUAUCGACGAAAACUGAAAAUGUCUUUGGACAAAUCAUUAUAUCUAAUAACUCUAUGUUCGAUCACAAUUAUUGGUAGAAUUUAGGAAGUAAUGUAAAAUUCGAUAGUUAAGGAAGAUUAUUUGUAACGAGCAGAGCUUUGAACCAGAACUGAUUCAGAAGAAUUUAAUUACGAAGAUACGAUAGAAGUGAAAUUUGGAAAACGCUGUAUAUAAAUAGCCUAAAAAAACCCAUAAUUUAUAUUGAUAUGAAACUGAGUGUUCAAAGCCCUGGUAUAAUAAUAAUAUUAGAUGUUCAUAUUUACUGAAUAAAUA